CCCCCUCCCUCCAUCUGGAUCGCUCCAUCUGUGGUCCAGGGCUCAGUGACGGCGUAUCUCUCUGUCGUAAGGGGCAGCUUCAUUCUCGUCUGCAGGAUGUCGGGCCCUCGUACCAGCUCCAUACUGCUCCUCUUCUGCGUGGCUUUCCUCCAGAGUCCGCUCUUGGAGGCCAAGCCUCUCUCUGUCAUGCAUGGGGGAGGAACUGCACGCCUUCGCCGUGACCUGCGUGAUGCAAUGCCCUACGAGGCUCAGAUGAUGUCAUACCCUCCUGCUGGGUUCAAUGGACGGGGCAGCGAUGUGUACUACCAGCCAGAGGCCCUGAGAGCGCAGGGAUUGGGCCACGCCCUGCAUCACCUGGAGAACGACCAGAGGCAGGAGCAGGAGGCAGUCUACCUGGCAGGGUUACUGCGUCUCCUGAGCGAGGCUGAGAAUAACGGCCAAACAAGACCGGAGGAAGAGGAAGAGCAGGUGGAAGGUGACUUCCAGGAAUCUUACCCUCCAGACUAUGAUGAGACGGAUCAGACCGUGAACAUGGCGAAACCCCAGGCACUGCUGGACCCACAGCUCACCGAGGCUCUGCUCAACCGCUAUAGGCAGGAGAGGAUGAUCCAGGCAGGGCAGGACCGAGACCAGGAGAUGCUCCGGUACCUAGUGGAGAAGGUCAUCUCGAAUCUGGCAGCCGAGAACCCAUCCAACCAUCGAGGCAAAUGGGAAGUGGCAGCAGCAGCCAGCAUUGGACGUGACAGAUCUACUCCUCUGAGACGGGCUAGGCGAUCUCUAGACUCCGCCCCUCCAGCCGCCCCCGAUGCCGAAGCCUCGCUCCUGCGGGUGAAGCGAGUGGGCGAUGAAGACCAUGACGAUUUUGGCGGUCAGAACAACCGGUCUCCACAUGUCGGCCUGCAGAGGAUGAAGCGAAUCGACGCAGAUCUGCCUCCAUCUGCAAAGCACAGCCGCAAACGCCGCUCUGUGACCUACGACCCCGAGCUCAUCGCUCAGCACAUCAUCCAGUACCUGAGAAAGUGAGAAAGAGAGAGAAAGAAAGAAAAAGAGGAAAAACAGAAAGAUUGCAACAGUUCACAUGCAGACAGAGAACUCACUGUUAACUGCUUAUGUCUGGCAAACCAAUGUAUCUGCUUCAGCGCUAUAAUAAAAUCUUAAACACGCCCAAUGAUCUGUUCUACAUGCUAAUGCGUAUGAGCAAAUAACAUUUUUAUUUAUGGGUUUGCAGUAGAUGCGGUGAUACACUGUGGUUGGCAACCUGUCAGUCCUGGUAGUUCAGAUAUUGAUAUUGACAUCUCUUGAGUUCCAGUCGAAGACCAAAUUCUUCUUUUCUUAAAUUUAGAUUUCCUCUAAACCUUUAACCCUGAAAGGAGUGGAAGUUUCAAGGUCAUCAGCCCCUUUAUUGGGAUUAAAUAAUGCUCCACUUCUAACAUCACAGGACCUUUUAAAAAACACCCCCCACCAUAUUAGCUCUAUGAGUAGGGUUAAUCCCAAAUAACCUUCUGGCAAGCAGGUUCUCAUCCUCGUCUUGAUAUGCACCACAAGUUAUUCUGCAAAUUUAAGUGUUCCUCUCAGCACAAUUGAUUCAGUUACAACUCUUUUACAAUAAAAUGUAUAGGGUCAGGAGGUUCCCCAGGACCAGGGUUGUGAACCUGUGCCGUAGUAGAUACCAUCUGGAUGUAUCUGUUAAGCUGGUGGUCCUUUCUUUUGUUAGGGCAUUGGGAAAUUGAUUGAUUGGAGAGUUGUGAGUUCAAAUCUCAACUCGCUUAGCUGGCAAUGUUGGGCCCUCGAAUAAAGCGUUUUACCCCUCCUCUGCUUAGUAUUAUCUAGUCUCUAGUCUUGUAAGUCACUUUGGAUUAAAGCAAAAGAGGUAAAUGCAAAUCAAGCCCUUGGUCAUGAACAUAUAUGGUUUUUCAGACACUAUAUACUGUACUAGGGCGUAACUUAGCGGUGUUGAGAUCUCGACCCAUGUAGGGGUGUCUGAGGACAUGUUCAACCCCCUCAAAACACAACCAAGCAUUAUUAUGGCAAUGGCAAUUGGCAAUUGCACUGAAUUUAGAGAGUCAGCCAGAGUAGGGUGAUUAUGAAAUGAUAUAUGGGGGGGUUGUACGGUCUGUGUGCAUGUUCCCCCUGUGCUUGGUGGGUUUUCUUCCAGGUACUCCAGUUUCCUCCUACAGUCCAAAUACAUGCAGUUUAGGCUGUUUGAUGUUCCUAAAUUGUGUGAAUAUGUGUUUGUGGCCUGCCAAAAAUUGGCCUAAGUCUCGUGGGAUGGGCUCCAGGCCCUCCAUGAUCCUGUAUACAUAAUGCAGCGGUACAGACUACAAGUGAGUGAGUACAAACAAAUGAGCUUUCUAAAAUACAUUCCCUAGCCAAAACAAAGGUUUUAAUGUCCCAGAUAAACUUUAGUAGCAUUUCACUUAUUCUAGCAUGUUAGACAUUGUGGGAUCAAAGUACAGGGUCACCAAUGAUGCAGCACCCCUGGAACAGAAAAACUUGACAAGCCUUGUUCAAGGGCCCUACAGUGCCAGCUUAACUGUACCAGGGAUUGAACUCACAACCUCUUAAUCAGCAUCCCAGAGAGAAAGACUAACCGAGACACCACGUCAACUUAUAGGCAGGAUACUUAUAUAUCUGUUCGACCUUCAGAGCUGUGAUGACUUGGCUGUUUUUCAAGAGCGACUGGUGGGCUGAACACUUUAAUGCUUUUCCAUGGUUUAAAAAAAUCUGGCACUGAGUUGCGAUAGGAAUUGAACUGCAUGGAAAAUGUUAAACUGUUCAGCACGGAGAAGCUUCAUAGAAUUGUCCUUUAUGAUGACCUGUGAUGUGUGUAAUAAAUAAUAUCCAAUUUGCCAUGGCCGCACCAAAGAUAGCAUGACCCAGUGGAUUGGAUACUGGUACUCAGCUUUAGAUACUGAGAACAUCAUUGAAUAAAAGAUACUUUUAAACGCAUCAUCAGACCAAAAAUCCAACCAGGCCAGGAAUUACGACAAUGCUUAUCCAUUUAUCGUUGAGGGAUGGAUAUUUUAAAGGUAAUGUUCAGAAUAAAACACUACAAGAGAGACAGUUUUAACUGAAAACCUUUUAUUGAUCAAACUACAAGAUAUCUUGAUGUAGUUGAAAAUGAUCGAGAUCACAAAACACACCGGAGAACGUCUUGGCCCCUGCAGCUUUAAACAGCCAUGCUGAGCCUAAGCACGAGGGUUGCUGAGAAUGUUGUCCAUUACGUUAUUACUGUUUAAGUAUAUCAAAUUUCACUCAAUUCAAUUCACCAGCCGGUGAGCCACGAGAUAGCAGACCUCUCAUGAAAAAAGACCUCUGACGUUAACAGUGAUGCAGUGAAUCUUUCCCAGAAUUCCUUAUCUUUUUGAUCCCGGCUGGAUGUAGCCCGUUAACUGAGCACUGUGUUGGUUGCGUUUGACCUGCGUGUAUUACUGACCCCUACUCCGACCAUCCUCGCUGUGGAAGAGUCGGUCGCCGUUGUUCUGCUUCCUCUUGCUUCGCCAGUGGCUUUCUUACAUUAACGUGCCAUAACGCUGGCUAUGUUUUACACUUCACCUCUCUGAUCACUCAAUAUGAGAAUAUGUGCAAGUUUUAAGUCAUAAUUAUUGUUAUAUGCUUUAUGUUUCCUUAUACGUGUGUGGUUAUGAAAUCUUAAUCUCAUAAAUUUUAUGCAUCUGUGAGCAGCAGGUGGAAUCGUCAAAUAAAAUGAGAAAAAAAUUGUGAAAUGAGUUGUACAAUAAAGAUUGGAUGUUGGUGUCAAA